AUGCGACAACACUCAUCGGUUAAGAGUUCCCCCAACAACAGCAAUUACUCUGUGUCCGACACAGACCAUAGUGUAGAGCUGGAUACAGAUCUGACAGACGUAGAUGAAUUUGCCGACAAAAAUGAACAGAACGGAGCAUGGCUCUUCCCUAACGACGAUCAUCCGCCUGAAUACUACCUUCAACAACUAGAGAAUUUUAACGAACAAGAGUACGCCAAAGAGGACUAUAAGGAUAGUAGUACUCGCUUGCUCAAUCGUAUGGAAGAUCAGUGGAAUCAACCAUUACCGUGCUUACGCAACUGUUUCGGAACGUAUUGGAAGGUUUUCCGGCUUGUGUAUGAAAGAGCAACUAGUGUGAAACUAGACGGAAAGAUGAAUCGGAGCAUGCAUAAGGUACUAAGGAAGCUGGCGAAGAAGCACGAUCUAAAGAAGAUCGGUCGAGAUAAAGCCUGCAUGUAUGUUGAGGAUCUGGCUCGAGUGCUGCAAACAAAUCUCGUAACAACCGAAAAGAGAUAUCCUCACGGUCGCUAUAGGAUACAAGCCCAGCUGUAUCUACAACUUGGCGGGUUUACAGCGAACCGGCCCCAGGCUCUUCUCAGUCUCUGUUACCGACAUAUACAAGUUACGCUUCUACGUGAUCCUGAGGGUGGCCCUCAUCGAGUACUGCUGGAGUUCACUUUUGAAUUCACAAAACAGUUUCUUGGUAUUAAAGACUUAAACACCUUUCCCCUUCCUGAGAUUAUGUACGAUCAGACGCUCUUGUUCAGUCCUCACGUCUUCCUCCUUGGCCUGCUCUUCCACGAUCGGGCCUUUGCAGCCUAUAAUCUAACCUCCCCAGAGGAAUUGAGCAGGCUCAAGAUUCCACCAGGCCGCAAUGAGCUCCCAUUACGCCUGAAUCCGACUUUAGACAAUAUCCCCGUGUUCCGGAAAGCAGUACAGACCCUGAAUGGUUGGGAUAUCUCUCCUAACGAACCUCUUCCCUACUCCACCCUGCUUCCAUGGAUCCGGACUUUGGGUGAGAUCACGGGAUUUGCUCAAGUCACCCGUCCUUAUUCGCUGAGAUACGCCGGAGGGAAGGCGUUCAACGAGAAUGGUAAUUGCAUAAUGCAGGAUGUGAAGUUAACGCAGCGUGUAGGCAGCGUUAGCGAGGCCAUGCAGAACCUGAUGAUGGGCCAUGCCAGCAUAGCGACAUUUUUGAAGCAUUACCUCUCACGACGUAUUACAGUUGAUACGCAGGCUGUUGUAAGAGGCAUCCAGCCCCAAGCAGCCCUCAUGCGGUCGGCUUGUACUAUGAGCCGCUCGAUUGAUCGUCGUCGGCCACGAAGACUUACAGAGGAACAGUAUGCAUCUGUAGACAAUGAUCCUUCUAUCUGUUCUCUUCUCAACCAACGAAAGCAUCUCAAACGUACCGUUCGUAAUGCAACAAAACAUCCCAAGUACAAAGCGCUCACCUCCAAGAUCAACCAGGAGAGGCAGCGUCGGCGGCACGCCCUUCUCAAGGACGUUAAAGAACGGUGGGAGUUUGAGCAGCCUGUGCGUGAUGUCGAGCGGCAGCUUGCUGGGUUAGAAACUGAUAAUCAUCUGGAGCUGGUACACGACGUUAUGCUCCCGGCCCAAGAGAAGCUAGCGGAAUUAGUCCUGUCAAGACCAGGGGCGACUAUAGAAGAGGAGAUUGCCCGGCGUAAUGGUGCUAUUCGUGCGGUCACCCUAUAUUGUGGUAUCGAAGAGGGGGGGAUGAACCCUAUCCGAAAAGGGACGCGAAGCAGGAACGCUGCCCUACCCGCCAAGAGCCAAGCAGGAUACGAGGAAGAAGCAUUAGAGUUAGCCAAAAUCUCUGUGUACAAGGAAAAAAGGCCGAGGGUAUGUUUCCUUUGCCUAGGUAACCAAGGGCUGCCGCUGGCACAGCGCAUAUAUGCUUUUUGCACACCAGGCGAUCUUAGCAAGCAUUUCGGACGCAAGCACUUAAGGCACACCCAGAGUGGGAAAGUUCUGAACUGCAAUCUUUGUAUGGUGCCUCUGCCAGACAAAAUGCACUUGCAGCGACAUGCUCAAGAGAUUCACGGAACUGUGUCCCCCAGACAUUCCUAUAAUUGUUGCUAG